GGAUGUUGUGUUAGCAAAGCGCUGGGAGAAUUAGCUUUCUGAUGCUAUCAUUCCUUUUACAUUAGGUGCUUACAUUCAUUUAGCACACAGCAGGUACGCUGACCAUAUUGCGUUGUCAAAUAUACUAGAACUGAAAAAAUACUUUGUCAUGUGUUAGCCUCCGUCAGUUACUAUCUAAACGUUAGCUUAGCUCCACUGUUAGCUCGGCUAUUGCCGCUGCUUUGUUGACGCCUAGCUGCAGAAAAGAAUCUGAAGCUGUCAGAAAGCGUUUGAGAGACUAUGGCAGAUCCUGCGCGGAUAAAAUCUGACAGUACAACUGAAAGGAUAAGUUCUGCAAACGAGGAGCGUCCUAAAUCCGAGGAAACAGAAAAUGCAUCCGUCACAGAAAAACCUGCAGAUGAAAGCAAAGAGUCGUCGUCGCAAGAUCAGCCAAAACAGGAGGCCAAAUCUGAAACAGCGGCAGUAGAAGAUGAAGAAGAAGGAACUUCUGGCCAGCCGGCUUCCAAAAGACUGAAAGUGGAACCAGAGAAGAAAAAGGAGAAGCGCCACAAGGUUGAUGAGGAUGAAAUACAAAAGAUGCAAGUCUUGGUGUCAUCCUUUUCUGAAGAGCAGCUGAAUCGCUAUGAGAUGUACAGACGUUCUGCCUUCCCUAAGGCUGCCAUUAAGAGGCUGAUCCAGUCCAUAACAGGAUCAUCAGUGUCCCAGAAUGUGGUGAUUGCAAUGUCUGGCAUUGCCAAGGUCUUUGCUGGGGAAAUUGUUGAGGAAGCAUUAGACGUUUGUGAGAAGUGGGGAGACACACCCCCGCUUCAGCCCAAACAUAUGAGGGAAGCAGUGAGGAGGUUGAAGAGCCGAGACCAGAUUCCCAACACCAAGUACAAGAACAUUGUCUUCCACUGAGGCACCCACACUGUACAUUACAUGAGGAUUAAAAAGUGGUGCAUCACAUGUGGAAAACUUGUCAUGAAGCCACUGUACUCAUACUGCAGCCAGAUGAUCAGUGACUAUUCUCUACUGACCAAGCCCAGCAACUGUAGUCUUGAAGAAUAGUCAAGAAAGCUCUGAAGUCAAGCUGAAAAGUAGAAAUGCCAUUCACCCCAAACUGUCAAGGUAAAAUGCCAAAUGCCACACAGCUUCAAUCCUGUGAAAUUAUAGUUAUGUAUUAUAUUUAUAAAUACAACAUGUUUUAUACUUGAAAAUAUUAAAUGUUUUGUUAUUGUGCCUCAAAUAGUUAAAUUACUUUUUGGGUAAAAACAUUAUCAAAAUGAGUAUGAUCGCUCGGUUUCUUUUUGCAGCCGUACAGGCACACAGGUUUUUAAUUUUGAUUCUUGAAAUUUAAAAUAUGUUCAUAUCUUUUAAUAAGAUCCACUCCUUCCACCGUUUACUGUCUCAUAACUCACUCAUCACAUUUUUUAAGUGAAAUUUAACCUUUUUACUUCAUUCAUUGGAAAAGUGGUUCUUGAAAAACUGGGCUCAUACCAUUUCAGAUCUGUUUUUUAGGUUUAGGUUGUGAGCCGGACUAAAUCAAUUCUAAGUUUCACUUGGAAAUUUGUAACUUUUUUAUUGAGGUUACAGUCAAACAAAUGAUGGAUCACACUCAUAAAAUACCCAAAAUGAGACCUUAAACUUACAAGUUUCUGUUUAUGUUAUGACAAAACCAUGACUGCAGUAGACUUUGUUAUAUGGAAACAUGCAUUUUCUAUUAAAACGUACAUGGACAACCCA